CAAUGUGUGUCAGAGGACUGUCUGUGCUCCCAAAGUAGAUGACUGCUCCCAAUUUGGUGUCUGUAUUACUGACUGCGAGAUAAGAGGGAAAUUGGUUCACACAUCACCAUCAUCCCAAGUCAGGACGUGGUUUUUUUUCCGAUUGUGGGACAGAAAUGCCGGCGAUCAUGAAUAAGAACUCGGAUUUGGAAUUUGACUCCUUACAGCCAUGUUUCUACCCGGAUGAGGACGAUUUCUACUUCUGUGGUCCCGACUCUGCGCCACCGGGGGAGGACAUCUGGAAGAAAUUCGAGUUGCUCCCCACUCCGCCUCUCUCCCCGAGCCGCGCCGCGCUGCCGGGGGAGCCGGCCGGCUCCGCGGAGCCGGACCCCCUCGGCUUCGGCCUGGGGGACCCGCUGGACUGGGCUUCUGAGCUGCUGCUGCUCCCGGAGGACGACAUAUGGGGAGCGUCCGAGGACGGGGACCUGUUCGGCUCGGCUUUGGAUACAAACCCCAGCAGCAGCAUCAUUAUACAGGACUGCAUGUGGAGCGGCUUCUCCGCCAGAGAGAAACUGGAACGGGUGGUCACGGAGAAACUCGGCAAGGCUAUUUCCACGGCCGCGGCAGGUGGAAGGAGCGUGUUCGUUAAGGCGCCGGAGGAGGCGGUGAGCCGCAGCGCGGUGUCGGAGUGCGUGGACCCCGCGGUGGUCUUCCCCUUCCCGGUGAACAAGAACAGCAGCAGCAGCAGCUGCAGCAGCAGCAGGGACGCAUGUGGGACCGAUACAUCCACCAUUCACGGGAACGCACAGAGUGACUCCGAAGAGGAAGAUGAUGAUGACGAUGAUGAUGAUGAUGACGAAGACGAAGAUGAAGAAGAAGAUGAGGAGGACGAGGAGGAUGAGGAGGAGGAGGAAGAGGAGAUUGAUGUCGUUACGGUAGAGAAGAGGCGUUCUACAAUCAGCAGGGCAUCGCCCACGGCUACGGGGACAGUCACCAUCUCGGUACAUCCCAAGAUCCAAGAUGCAAGAGGAAUUGUCUCAGGGUCCGGCGUGGUCAGUCGGUUCGUCACACGAGCUCCCCAGGAGCUCAUUCUGAAGAGGAGUUCCGUUCACCAGCAGCAACACAACUACGCAGCGCCCUCACCGUACGCCUCAGAUGACGACCCCAUCCCGGCUCCAAAGAAGCAGAGGAUGUCAGACGCACCACGGCCUUCCACCAGAACCAUCUCUUCAUCCUCUUCGUCUUCGUCCUCGUCCUACGGCCCGGUCUGCGGCACGUCGGGGUCACGCAGCAAGCGCAGCAACAGCGGCAACAGCGGCAACAGCGGCGACAGCAGCCCGCGCGGCAGCUCUGACUCUGAGGACAGCGAGCGGCGGCGCAACCACAACAUCCUGGAGCGCCAGCGCCGCAACGACCUGCGCUCCAGCUUCCUGAGUCUGCGCGACCACGUGCCGGAGCUGGCGCACAACGAGAAGGCAGCGAAGGUGCUGAUCCUGAAGAAGGCCACCGAGUACGUUAGUUCGCUGGAGAGGGAGGAGAUGAGGCUCCAUCAGGAGAAGGACAGGCUGCAGGCUCGCCGGCAACAGCUGAUGCGCAGGCUGGAGCAGGCCAGGACUCGCUAACCGACAACCGCUACAACACAGAAACACUCACAUAAACCCUGGAUGACUCCCCGCCCACACACAACUCCUCUGCCUCAACAGUCUGAAAUAUGAUCAGACGCACACACGGGCCUGUACACUUGAGCACAGGCACACAAGCCUCUAUAUCUGUUGUACAUGUGCACACCCAAACACAGAAUCUCAGAGGACAUUUCUCUAUAGAUGCUGACACACGCACACACACAAACACACACACCUAGAGGAGGGGAAAGAAGUGGGUGGUUAGGUGGGGGGGUUGUUGCUGGAGGGUAUGCUCGGACUUUCACUGCCGCCACUUUUUUUGCACAUUUGUUGACGUUAAGAAUGUUUAGGGUUUACUUUUUCAAUCCAGUCACAUUGAGGAAAGAUUUUUUUUUUCUUUUUUUUUUUAAAGAGCAAAGACUGAGGGGGAAGAUAGGAGACACUUUUUGGUCUUUUCCUCCUCUGGUUUUUAUAUCAUUUCUAUUUGUAUUUUUUUGUACUCACUGUGACACCAGCCUGGAAUCAGGGGAUUCCACACAGGGACGGGUGUCAGAGGGCACUUUGCUUGGAGAGUUCACUACAAGAAAGCAGUGCACGCUUACUUUGCCUUCACCACUGCAAAAAUGAAAAGACUUAUGAUGACUGAGGCGUUAUGGGUCAUGUAAACAAUGCCACUACAGGUUCUCCUUUCUCUCACUCCUCUCACACUGGUGCUCAAACUAAGUCAGUGGAUGUAUAACUGUGCACCUUGCUAGCCGACACUUUUGUAAAUAACAACAGUGUACAGACAAAAUACACUCAGAUCUGCCUUGUUUUUUAAUACAGUUUGUCCUUGUUUUUAUAAGUAUAUAUAUAUAUAUAUAUAUAUAUAUAUAUAUAUAUAUAUAUAUAUAUAUAUAUAUAUAUAUAUAUAUACAUAUAUAUAUAUAUAUAUAUAUUCAAGUCAGGAAGCUGCCAAUAACUAGACUGGAAGUUUAUAUACCUUUAAAAGUACUGUAAGGCCUCAAUUUCUGAGAGUCACAAAAGUUUGUAAUAUAACAACAUAUUGUUUUUCUUUUUUUCCCUUUUUCUUUGUAUUAUAUCAUAUUACUAAUUCUAUCCAUGUUUAUGCUUUUAGUGUGAUCCUGAUACAUACUAAAUUUGAUACUUAUAUUUUCGUAUGAAAAUGAGUUCCAGGUAGAUAUCAGUUUAUCUCGUCAUUUUUUCUCUCUUUUCUCAAAUAAUUCUUUUGUACGACAAAUGUGUUCUAUCCUCAUGUACCCGGACUUUCUCUUUUUCUUUUCCUCUUUUGUUUAUAUUUGUCACUAUUGGGUGCAUAGAACUGGGUAAACUGAUAUGUAUUUUUCAUUUUUAAAAUGUACAUUUAGUGCUGCAACUCAUAGCACUUUGAAAUACCUCAUUUUGGAAAAAUAAAUAGACAUAAUAAAAUCCAGAAGUUCAUCUUUGUGAGGCCUUUGUUGCAAAAAACAAAACAAAAAAA